AUGCCUCCAGAGAUUAUAGUCGCCAUCGUUGGCGUGUUAGUCAACGUCCCCACCUUCAUACUCGUCUUCUGGCACUGCUUCCGCAGAAGGCUACCGUCUAAUUCUGGUCGAAACUUCGAAGAAACCGUUACCCUCCAGUCUCCUACCUUGCACCCUCGACGUCUGACAUUCGACACCCAAUACGCUGUGGCCUUCCCAUGCACGCUUCCUCUCAUCAACGUAUCGACACCUCGUCUUUGA